AUGAAAACAUCGUUUGGAUUAAUCGCUAGCCUUUCGUUUUUUGGCAACUUGAUUCUUUGUCUGGUCAUUUUUAUGAAGCGCUCAAUGUUGAAAAAGCCGUACAAUAUUCUUAUUUGCAACCUGGCCCUAACUGAUAUGCUCACAGGGAUCUUCCUUGUUGUUACACCAGACUACCUGAUCGACAGGAAAAACUUUCCCUACCCAACUGGACUCGGAGGAGAGAUUUACUGCCGUUUGAUUGGUUCAACCUACAUUCUGUUUAUCUUUGGUAAAGCUUCAACUUCCACGAUUAUGUGCCUGGCUAUAGAUCGUUGGUACUCCAUAGUGAAGCCCAUACGCUACAAAACAGCAUUCAGCAAGCGACGUUUGUACCUGUACAUAACUUUAAUCUGGGCCUCUGCCGCUAUAACUCAGAUCAAUGAACUCUUUAUCACCACAACGGAAGAUGGCGUUUGCACAUUCGUUACUCCAUUCUACGGAGAAAGGACGGAACGGAUCCUAAUUCUUCUUCACGUGAUCAUCACGUUCUACAUACCGAGCAUAGUCACUUGGAUAACCUUUGGAGACAUUUGGUCGCACAUGCGCCAACCCAACAUUCGCCGCCAUUUGAAUUCUCACAACAAGGCCACCAAGCGGUUACUGCGCAUGUGUGCACUAGCAGCCUUCUUUUUAACAUUAUGUUGGCUUCCGGCAGAAACAUUUUUCAUUCUAUACAAGUUUGAAAUUUUGAAACUUCCCUUUGAAUUCUACUUAUUUACCAAUAUUUUAGCCAUGUCUAACUCCUGCUUAAAUCCAUGGAUUUAUUGCCUCAGUAACAGAGAAUACAGAAAAGAGUUCAUCCGACUUCUAUGUUGUUUUAAAGUAACCAUGGAAAUCACCAACCUCGGUAUGUACUUUGGUUGGGUUCGAAAAAACAGAUCACGAUACUCUCUUUCAGUUGAUCUUGAGCAAUCAAGUUCAAACGGUAAUUUACCUGCCGGCCCUUGUGUUAUCAGGCUUCGUAAGAUGCAGCAAGAGUCCAGUUUGUCAGCCAUGACGUCUUUCAGCAACAUAGCCUGUUCCGAUGCUAAUUCGUCAGAAUUUACACCACAUGGUUCGGUCAUCCUGCAGGUCAACAACACCAUAUAAACGCUUUCACACAUACAGCAGUCAUUCGGAGAGCUUCUGCCUAAUAACUCUGGAAGGUAGUUGCAAGUAAAUAUUUCGACAAGAGAAUAAUAGAGAAAAGCCUUUGCGAACCUUAAACAUUAGAUCAUAGUUGUUCGAUUAUUGGACCAUUUCAAUACUGGUAUCUAUAACUAUGCAAGAGGAUGAUUGUGGAACUCUGACGAUGUAAGUGCAGGGAAAUUCCCAUUAAAAACA